AUGCGACAAUUCGUCGUUUACGACCGGAAUGGGAAGCUGCUGGAGGAGCUUCAUCUGCCGCCGCCAGAAGCGCCUGUUGCGGACCCCAAGCAGAGCUGCUGCCUGCAGCUGCAGUGGGAUGCAAACGGGGACAUGCUGGCGGCGCUGCCAUCAGGAAGCAGUUCGGUGUAUGUGUGGGCUGCCGCGACGCGGGAACUCCAAAAGCUGGACACAGAGUUCAGGGCCCAAGAAAUAUCUGCAAUCGCGUGGGCCCGCGGCUCGCAAACGCUGGCCGCGGGGACGGCCAAGGGCAACCUCCAGCUCUUCUUGCUGCGCGAGCGCCAGCGGACGCCGGUGGUGGGGAAGCACACCAAGCGCGUGCUGUGCGGCGCGUGGGGGGACGAGGGGGUGCUGGCGACUGGGGCUGCGGACAAAACGGUCGUCCUGAGUGACGGGGCCAGCGGUGAGACGCUGCGGACGUGGCAGGUCAAGGGGGACCCCCUGGAGGUCGCGGUUGCUCGGCGCAAGGACGACGCCGGCGCCGGCGGCGACGACGGCGCCGUCUCCACCAUCACUAACAAGCGCGUGCUGUACCUUCUGCACCCCGCGGGCCGCAGCCCCGCUGCCGCGGGCGGCGUGGCGGCGGCGCCCCUUGAGCUGACUUUUCAGGAGCAGUAUGGGGCGAUGCAGCGCCACCUGUGGUUUGGGGACGGCUUCGUGAUGGUGGGAUUCAGGACAGGCCGCAUUGUGGUGGUGUCGUCCGCCAGCAAGGAGGUGGGCACCGAGGUUCACAGCGCGCAGCACCUGGAGCUGCUGGCGGACAUGGCGCACUGCCCCGCGCUGUCGCGCGUCGCGGUCGGCGGCGGCAGCACGGUCAAGAUCCUGGACGUUGGCGCGAGGGUGCAGGAGGUGCCUUCAGAGGCGGUGGAGGUACCGCAGGGUCAGCUGGUGGACGCGCUCGGCUGGAGCAAGGACGGGCGGGUUCUCACUGUCUCCACGUCUGGCGGCCAGCUCAUCUCAUACCUGGCGGCCCUGCCCACCGUGUUUGGCGCCCACGGCGGCCGCCUGGCGCACCUGACCUCACUGAGCGAGAUCACCGUGGUGGACCUGGCCCUCGGCCGCGGCGCGCCGCCGUCGCGGCUGCAGGUGGCGUGCGAGCCGGCGUUCUGCGCCGUGGGGCCGGAGCACAUCGCAGUUGGGAUGAACAACCAGGUCUUAUACUACGCCCACGGCCCUCAGCGGCCCUCCGCCCUCGCCGCGCGCCGCGACUACCUGGGCGCCGUCGCCGCCCUCUGGCUCAGCAGCACGCAUGCCGUGGUGCUGGUUGACGGCCGCCUGGUGGUGCACCCCAUAGAGCCCCUGCCCCGGGAGCGGGGCGCCGCCGGCGCCGCCGGGCUCGGGGCCGGCGAUGAGCAGGAUGCGGUGCUCCCGCCCUCGUCGGCGCCGCAGGCUAUCCUGUGCGGCGGGGUGACGGAGCACUUUGUCGUGGCAGGCAGCGCACAGGGCGGGCUGACUCACUACCUACUGCCGGCGCUGGAGCCAGUCAACGAGUACAGGCACCCAGGGGGCGCCGUCCUGCGCGUCUGGCCGCAGCCCGACGGCGUGCGCUGCGUGUUUGAGGACGAGCGCCACAGCCUAUUCCUCCUGAACGCCGUGAACGACCACGUGGUCAAGCUGCCAGGCUUCGAGGGCGUCGCGAACGCGGUGAUCUGGGACGCCUUGGACGCACGGGUGUUCGUGGUUUCCGAUGGCAACGCGCUGCACGCGUACGUCCACGUCCCGCCCGCGGCGACGACGGGGCCCGGCGUCGCGCUGCUGUGCCGCACGCCGGUGCCGGCGACGCACGCGCCGGUGGUGGUGGCUAACGGCGCGGUGAUGUGCCGGCUGCGGGGCGGGGCGCUUGACACAAUUGUGGUGGAGAGCCACAGGGCGCUGCAGGGUGCGAUGGCGGCGGGCGGGGCUGGCGGCGGCAGCGGCAGUGGGGCCAAGGGCGUGCUGACGAGGCGGUUCAGCCAGGCCCUGAAGUUGCAGCGGCUGGAGGAGGCGUGGCGCUGCGCUCUGGCGCUGCGUGCGCCCGACGCCUGGCGGCAGCUGGGGGUGGCGGCGCUCGAGGCGCUGGACAUGGCGACGGCCACCGCGGCGUUCCGGCAGGUGGGAGACGCCAGCAUGGUGCUGAGCUUGGAGCCGCUGGCGGGCAUAGAGGACCGCGCGCUGCUGGCCGGCCACGCCUUGGUGCUGCUGGAGCGCGACCACGACGCGGCGCAGGAGUCCUUCCUCCGCAGCCGCCGCCCCCUGGCGGCGCUCGAGAUGCGGCGCGACCUGAAGCACUGGCCGCAGGCGCUCGCGCUCGCGCGGCGGCUGGACCCGGGGGCGGUGGCGGGGGUCAGCCGGCAGCACGCGGCGGCGCUGGAGAUGGUGGGGGACCACGCGGCGGCGCGGCAGCACUACCAGGAGGCCCUGGACGCGGCGGCGAGCGGGCCCUCGGCCCCGGACCAGGCUGAGCUGGCGCGCGCCUGCCGCGGCGGCCUGGCGCGUACGAUGCUGCACCUGGGGGACGUCGCGGCCGGCAGGCAGGAGGCGCUGCAGGCGGACGAUCCGGCGCUCUGGAAGUCCUGCGCCCAGAUCCUGGAAGCUGCCGGGCACCUGCCCGAGGCGGCCGAGCUGUUCGAGCGCUGUGGCAUGGCCGAGAAGGCGGCCGCGAUCCACAUCGCCUCCAAGAACUUCGCGGCCGCGGCGCCGCUGAUGGCCAAGGUGGCGUCGGCCAAGCUGCAGCUGGCGUACGCGCGGGCGAAGGAGGGGCAGGGGCGGUGGCAGGAGGCGGCGGCGGCGUACGAGGCCGGAGGCGAUGUGGCUGCAGCGGUCAAGCUGUACUUGGAGCGCCUGGACGCGCCCGGCCGCGCGGCCGCGCUCGCCUUUGACGUCGCAUCGUCGCGGGGCCACAUGGACACGUUUGCGUCGCUCGUGGCGGCCAGCGCGUCUGCGCAGGGCGAGGUGGAGCGGAUCGCCGCGUACUACGAGCAGCGCGGGGAGCUGGAGCAGGCGGGCGACAUGUGGGCGCGCGCGGAGCAGCCUGACAAGGCGCUGCGCCUGUACCUGGCGGUUGGCGGGGUGGCGGCGGCGAACAAGGCGAUUGCCCUGGUUGAAGCUCGCGGCGGCGACGCUGUCCUCGCCGAGAGGGUUCUGGCAUUCAUUGACGGCGGCGCCGGCACGAGCGGAGUCGCUGGCGCUGGGGGCGGCGGCGGGGGCGGCGGCAGCCUGGAGGAGGGUCCUCGGGAAGAGCUGCGCUUCAGGCUCCACGUGGCGCUGGGGCGGCCUGCGGAGGCAGGGCGCGCGGCGUUGGAGCUGGCACGCAUCGAGCAGGAGGACGGAAACUACAGAGUGGCGCACUCCAAGCUGCUGCGCGCCGUCAGGCAGCUGCGCAACCUCGGGGCCCGCCCCCCGCGCGACCUUCUGGCGGCGCUGCUGCUGCUGCACAGCUACGUGCUGGUCAAGAGCCUGGCUGCGCGCGACGACCACAUGGGGGCGGCGCGGAUGCUCGCGCGCGUCACGCGCAGCAUCAGCAGGUUCCCCAAGCACGUGGUGCCGAUCCUGACAUCAGCGGUGAUCGAGUGCCAGAGGGCCGGGCUCAAGGCCACCGCCUUUGAGUGCGCCGCCACGCUCAUGCGGCCAGAGUACAGGUCCCAGGUGUCUGAGCGCUACCGCAAAAAGGUGGAGCUCGUGGUCCGCAAGCCCGACAGGGGCGAGGAGCCGCCGCCCCCGCUCGCGCCCUGCCCUUUCUGCGGGCUGCCUGGCCCAGAGUGCGACCUUGUGUGCAUCAGCUGCCAGGGAGUCAUCCCCUUUGACGUGGCCACUGGUGGCGGCAGCGCCAUUCGCGCCAUCUUGGCGGCCGAGGGCGCCUGCCCCAUGUGCUGCGAGCGCGUCGCGCCUGAGGCUGUGGUGCGGCUGGCAGCGGCAGAGGCGCAGCAGCGGGCCGAGGAGAUGGGGGCGCUCGGGGCGGCGGCGGCGGUGGGGCCGGUCGCAGGGGGUGGGGGCCUACGGGUGGCGGAUUCUGGGUGA